UUCAGCUCAAGCUCCUUCGCCCAAGCCCCUGCAGCGAAUCGUCGGCUCGUCGCCUGGUUGACGCUAGCUCUGUAUCAGAGCCACUCCACCCCCCCGUCGCACGACCAAGACUCUCGUUUCCCUUUAACUUCCAUCACCAAUCCCUCUACUGCACCCCGUGUUGUUGUUGCUUUGUUGCUGAAUCAAGCUCGCAAUGCCUAUCAAUCUCGUCCGCCGUGGCGGAAAUAUCCUGCGAAAGCUCCCAGUGCAGGGGGCUUUUGCGCGCUCUAUCCGGGUGAUCACGCCGCAGAAUCAGGUCCGCCGUAUCUCGUCUGUUGCGCGUCAAACCCGACCAAGCUCGAUCACCCGUAGCGUUCCCCAAUCAAGCUUCAUAGUUGGAAACUUGGUCCGAGGCUAUGCCGAUAGCAAAGGCCGUCCGAAGGGGUCGACCGCCGGCAAACCGAAGAAGAAGAAGCAGCCCAAGAAAGCAAAGAGACCUGGCAGGAAGAAGGGGCCGAUGACCGAAGAACAGAAGGAGAAGAAGAAAGCUGCGGCGUACAGGAAACAUCUACGGGAACUAAAGGAGACUUCUUUAAAGCUGCCAAAGGGUCUUCCGGUGUCUGCUUGGGUGGUAGCAGUUACCACCAAGUCGCAGCAGGUGGAUAAAGAGGGAAUAACAAGGCCCGAGGUCUUCAAGAAGGCAAUUGAACUUGCGCGAUCAAUCAGUGCUGAGGAGAAUCAGCGCUAUACCGAUAUCGCCACUGCUAAUAGAGCCGCCAACAAAGCUGCUUAUGAAGCAUGGGUUCAAUCUCACACGCCUCUUCAAAUCCUGGAAGCCAACAAGGCUCGGCGUCGGUUGGGGAGAAUUAAGGGUUCCAAGAAAGUUACUUUAAUCCGAGAUGAUCGGUUGGUCAAAAAGCCACUUUCACCCUUUAUUAUAUUUUACCAGGAGCAGCGCGACAAGAGCAGAAACGAUGUUGCAAACUUGACCCAAGCAGCGGCAAAUGAAUGGAAGAGCUUGUCAGAAUCAGCGAAGGAGAAAUACAGAGAGGUAGCGAAAUCUGAUAGGCAACGCUACGAGCGCGAGUACUUCGAGGUCUAUGGCAAGGCGGCUCCGGAGCAGUCUCAACAAGCCGAAGAUGAGGAGUAGGCCGGUGCGAUCUCGACCAACACAUGAUAUCCUUUCUUUAUUUCUUUGAUGCAAGCAGCUCGAGUUUAUGCCUUCUGUAUGAUGGGAUUUCUGGUAUUAGAGGGAUAAGGUUUCAGUGCUGUAGGGCCUUGAGAACUUAUUGAUUUUGAUUUGUUCAAGUACUCAUGUAUUGGCCUGUUCCUGGCCUUCUUUCCGCUAGGUGUUAUUGAUGUACUUUACUCGUGGCUUGAAUGUAUUGUAGUUUUUUUCUGGAUUAUUGGACUCCGCGGUCAAGAAUACGCACAUUAUUUUUGCUAUGAGAACAAUCUGCAUGCCUUGAUUACGGAGGUAAGUAGUACAAUGACUUGUACAACAUAUUUAGAGCGACCCCGUUGAAGCUCCGCAUCCGAGCCACAGCCAUGAUAACAGAUGUGCUAGGCAUAGUAUUGUAUUGGA